ACAAAUAGACAUGGGGCUCUGAGAUGGAUCAAUCUACACCACUGGACGGCGAUAGUCCAUCAUCCAUGGAUGGGGUUAGUCCAUCAUCCAUGGAUGAAUUAAAGAUGGGCGCCGAGAUGGAGGAAAUGCCAACGGCCUCGCUGUCUGAAGUGAUGGCCAGCAGGAACCACUACCUGCACGAGACGGAGCUGUGGGCCCUGUGUCGUGAGUGCUGCCUCACCUUGGAGUACGUGCACGACUGCGUCGACCUAUUCAUGUCGCUCUGUAUCAGCCCCGACACGGUGGCCUUUGACCCUGAGGGAAAUGUCUGUUUUCUAGACCUGGAUAUGGAGCCCGAUCCGAUGUUUGUCUCGCCGGAAGCUGGUGGAAAUUCUUACAAGUCUCACCUCUUCUCACUUGGCAUGACCCUCCUCUACGUGACCGAGUUUAACACCCGGAGUGCCGACCCCCAGGCGCAGCUGAGCGACGCCUUCACCGACCUGCUGGCCUCGCUAACCAAUGAAGAUGUUGACCUUCGACCUGACCUUGAGGCUGUUCUCUCUGCCUGUAGUGCAGGUCUCAAGGGUCAGGACUCUCAGGAGAUUUGUUUGAGAAUCGUUGGUCUGGACAAACAGGAAACUUCUGACGUCACAGCGAGUCCAGUGUUGACCAACACAAAGAAAGAUUUCAACGACAACUGUCUUACACAAACAGACAACGGCAACUGUCUCAAAACUGUUGAAAUAGUGCAGACACAGACUACACAGGUGCUGUCUCUUGCCGACCUCCUGACCAGACUUGACCGUGACCUCUCUGAACGUGAGUUGUGGUCACUCUGUAACCAGUCACUCUCCUCACUUAGAAGGAAGAAAAAACAUUUGCCUGCCUACAUAUCUGUGGAGACCCUGCUCAUUGGCUCGUCUGGCUGUGUCACCUUCCAGCCCAUCCCCGAAGACACGCCCCUGCAAGUCUUCUACAUGGCGCCAGAGCUACAGGAGAGGGGGAUCCUAAAUGAGAAGACUUGCCUAUUUGGCUUGGGUAAAACGUUGCUGGCAGCUGCAGGCAACCAAAGGACGGAGACUGUGGAAGUUCUCAUUCAAGCUCUCACACACAAGAACCCUGAGCAACGGCCGGACUUAGGCACCGCCCUUCGUCUUUGCCAGGAGUUUGAUCUGGCCAACACCAGCAGCUCUCAGCAACACUGUGAGAACCUCUACAAGUCAGCUAUCGGUGUAAGAGCAAGUGUAGAGGUCAGUGUAAGAGCAAGUGUAGAGAACAAAGAGGCUGACAGUAGUAUGUUAGAAGAGAAAUCUGCUUCUGCCUUCAAACCCGCCAGCAACACGAGCACCACGCCUCCAACUCUGUUCAAGCCAGUGCCGAGACAAGCCAAUGAGCCGCGAGUUCCAUCGGCAUUUUCAUCUCCGGCUACACACUUCAGACCUAUCGUCAUCCAAGAGGCGCAGAGGUCAGCAGGGCAGAGGUCAGAAGGGCAGAGGUCAGCAGGGGCUGACACUACUGUGGUGGCCAAGCUGAAGCAAAUCAAAGAAAAUCUCAGCAGGCACAGAGAGCCAGGCAAAAUGGUGGACACUUCCGGUCAUGUUCACGCUCAGCAGACGCAGCAUUUAGAUCACUACUCCAUCUCAAAUCAGCAUUUAGAUCACUACUCCCACGCGGAAGAAUUGGCCUCAGCCAUUGCCCAGCACUUAAAAAGUCACUUGAUGCGAGCCCCGCAAUCCUCUGGGCAAAUCACCUCCUCAUCACCACCCGCCUAUGUGUUACCACAACCUUCCCAGCCCAGUCAGACUUACUUAACGACGGCCACUACAGUUCACAUGUCUACAGGAAACUCACGCCAUCCGCACCACACAACUGUAUUCAGCACCGCAGCCAUGCAGCCAUCUGCAGUCUCAAACAGCAGAUAUCAGUUUUCUUUGCCCGGCUCUAGCAACCUUCCCCUCCCCUAUACAUACCUGCAAGAUUCUGCCACAGGUUACUUGCUGCCCUUCCCAUCCUACCCUCCGACACACCCCUCGCUGGGUGGCGCCACUCUACCUCAUUACUCCACAGCCCUGGUGGAGCAAGCACUUCCUCACACAGUUUGGAACAAUCAAGAACAUUUUAGAUUGGCCAGUGGCCACUACGGGGGUGGGAGGGAGCCAGACCUGGGCCCGGGCUACAGGGGUGGGAGGGAGCCAGACCUGGGCCCGGGCUACAGGGGUGGGAGGGAGCCAGACCUGGGCCCGGGCUACAGGGGUGGGAGGGAGCCAGACCUGGGCCCGGGCUACAGGGGUGGGAGGGAGCCAGACCAGGGCCCGGUCUCUAGGAAUGAGAAAUCGCUCCUACACAACAGCAAAACAGCCCACAAGACGUGGCGUGGGGUCCAGGACUCGAACACGUCCUCUCCGUCGCCGUCUAAAGACUCGGGCAUUUGUUUAACAAACCCGCAAUAUCCCAGCGAGAGCUUGAUGGACAAGCUACUUGCCAGCACACACGAGUCAGACAAGCAGGACAUGCUACACGAUGUUCUCAAAGUUAUUCAUCAAACAUUUUCAGAGGAUGGGAUUUUAGACAAUGGCUUGGAUGACAUAGCUUUAGCCCAGUACAUCUUGACCUUGUCUGGCCUGACCUUGGAGACCUUUUGUAGCGCCGUGACAGAAAAAUAUUUCCACUUGGUGUGGCCCUACACCACGCUCAGACAACUGUACACGGCCUCAGGAGGUCAGACGUCACGUGAUACCCGGUUUUCCUCCACGUCACCAGCUGGGGGCGCGGCACACAAGCACGCGGACAAGGGCCAACAUCCAAACGGUUUUAAGGGAGCCAGAUCAAAGAAAACAUUCACACCACUCAAAACUCAUGUACGGAACCACACAGCCAAUCAAAUUCUUCCAGCUCAAUUUCCAUUGGCCAAUCACGUCUAUCAUUCAGAUUCAUCUUCCGAGGGCAGAGUCAGUGUGACAGAGUCGUCCAGCAGAGUCAGUGUGACAGAGUCAGCAAAUAGAGUCAGUGUGGCAGAGUCGGCAAGUAGAGUCAGUGUGAAUUCAAACAAAUCACCCAACAUUGAGGUGAUGAGUGAAGCCAGACGGCGUCACACAGGUCAUCCCUCGCGUCACUCUAACCACACCCUCAAGGUGGCGCCACUGAGGUCCAGCCCAGGUGUGGACCAGGCCCACACUGACCACAGACACGCCCCCUCUAGUACUGUGCUGCAGGAAGGCGAUCUGGGUCAAGCUCAGCAUUUGGCCCAUUUACAGAACGUGCCUUCAACCGCAGGUGGUGCUAGCCACAGCACAGCUACUGGUGCUAGCCACAGCACAGCUACUGGUGCUAGCCACAGCACAGCUACUGGUGCUAGCCACAGCACAGCUACUGGUGCUAGCCACAGCACAGCUACUGGUGCUAGCCACAGCACAGCUACUGGUGCUAGCCACAGCACAGCUACUGGUGCUAGCCACAGCACAACUACUGGUGCUAGCCACAGCACAGCUACUGAUGCUAGCCACAGCACAGCUACUGGUGCUAGCCACAGCACAGCUACUGGUGCUAGCCACAGCACAGCUACUGGUGCUAGCCAUAACAUGACUGAACUGAAAUCAAGUACACACCCAAUCACUCAGUCGAACUCGAAAAGUUAUGAAAAUAAAAUUGAUGAAAGAAAAAUUGAAGAAAGAAAAAUUGAUGGUGAAGAAGAAAUUGAUUUGUCGACAGAAAUGAGGCGGCUGGCCGCCAGCAAACCCGAGCUUUUCAAGGAGAUGCCGCCUGCCCAGGUCAGGCCCCCGGCUCACAGGGCCACAAGGCCGCCUAGCCAGGUCAACGGACGCAGAACUAGCACCGAGAGACAGGAAUCUCAAGACCUUCAGACGCACUUCAUUCCUGGAGAUUCGCACGGCAAAGCUAGGUCAACCAUGAGACCAAGUUCAAGGCUGUUUCCAGCACCCGAGCAGCCAACGCGAACAUUUUCUGCUGUGUAUCCAGGUGUCAAGGUCGUCGACCUGACCAAUCAAACGACUGCCAGGUCCAGGCCUGCAAGCAGACGGGGAUCAGAGGGCAACAUUCUGGACGAUGUGAACAUGUCCCUACUGGGCUACAGGAGACGGGGGGACGUGGUCUACCAUUCAGCCAUGAUCCAGCUCAGCCUGACCUCAGAGGUUGAUCACUUUAUUCACUCGAUAGACGAAGAAAACCAGGCAAGUAUAGAACGUCGACUCGCUAGCAUCAGUCAGGAAGUUUUAGUGCUCAAACGUCAAAGGAAGAAAACUCAAAAAUUUUACUCAAAACUGUCAUCCAGCAAACUAUCUAAAGGCGAUGAAAAUGUCCAGGAGCAGAUGUUGAAAGACAUGCAAGAGAACACCAAAAAGCUGACAUUCCUCCACCUGUGCCAGACUCACCUCAAGAUGCUGCUGGCUGAACUGUCUGGCCUUGAGACCUGUUUCCUGUACUCACUGAGUGCUACAGAGGGCGGCGGCGCCCUGAGCCUGGAGCCACACCCAGACAACCCAUACCUACAGUUCCGUACCAUCAGCAGUCCAGAAUCAGGCAGAAUGUCGGUGCUACAAGCGGGGACACCGCGAGGGCUAAUGGCGUAUCUCUUCACGUCGUCAGCACUGAGUAACGGUUUUAUCCACCAGUUCCUGAUGUGCUACAGAUAUAUUUUAACCGCUGAUCAGCUGCUUCAGUUUAUCCUGGAGAAAUAUUACUCCACUCUAAGCCAGCCAAAAGACGCCAACAUCCAGCGAGUAAGACGGAGGUCUCUGGACCUGCUGACCUUUUGGCUGGAGGGCUAUUUCUCCGUGGACUUCAAGGCCAACCCCAAGCUCAUCAAGCAAUUGGCAGAUUUUGUUCAGCAGCAGGUAGAUGAGAAGGCCGAAGGGGCAGACAACCUGCAGAGUUUGAUGGCCGCCUGCACCAGGGGCGACAACUGUGAGCUGAUGCUCAUGACGGAGAUGGACGAGGACCAGGAGGAGGAGCACGUUUAUUUCCUGCACCUAACCACACCUAAGAGGUCUAACAACCAGUGGCAACUAGAGUGGGACAGUUUUAGAUCCCUGCUCAAAAAUUCUAAGACCGAGAAGAUGAACUUUGGAGUCAUUUCUAGAAGAACCAACUCUGUGCCCAAACUGAGUGGGGGUCAGAGUGGGGGUCAGAGUGGGGGUCAUUUCUCCCUGAGUGACUGUCCACCUCACAACCUUGCUGAGCAGCUAUGUCUCAUAGAGCAGGAUUUGUUCAGAAAAUGUCACCCAGUUCAUUUUUUGAACUCACAGUUCCAUGGGGUGGGUGUGGCGCUUUCUAUGCCAGGGCUACGAACUCCAUCUAUGACCAGAAAAUCUGAAUCCGCCUCUGGGCAGAAGAAAGGGCUGUUUGUAGGGGACCCCGUGACGGGCUCCGAGAUACUUGCCAUGAUUUCUCACUCACAAGAGCUGGCCCAUUGGGUCUCGGCUGAAAUUUUAAGCUGCGGCACAAAUAAGACUCAGUCGGUGCUGGUCAUCAAGUUUCUGAGCGUGGCUAAGAUGUGCUUGAAUGUCAGGAACUUUGCCAGCGCUCUGUCCAUCCUGGAUGGCCUCGAGAACCUGGUGGUCAGACAGCUGGCCGUCUGGAAGAAUAUUCCAGCCAAGUAUCUGGCAUAUAUGGACGAACUAACCAAUGUCAAGAUGAAAUUAAAAAGUGAGGCCCUGUGGCUGAUGUCGGAGAAGGACUGCCACAUCUACCCUUGCAUUCCCAGCAUCCUCUACUCCCUGCUACAGCUGCAACAGCUGGAGAUUGGAAGCUUCACGCUGGCUAACGGCAUGUACAAGUGGGACAAGAUACGGUCUAUAUGUGAAGCGGUGGAUCAGUUCCGGAUAUUUCGAGACCACGAGUACGGUUUCCAGCCUGACCUUGACCUACAGAUGGCGCUACAGCGCAGCCUGAGCGAGUACAGUGACCGUGACCUCCACGCGGUGGCGGCGGUUCAAGGCAACAAUUUCAGCCGGCAUUCCGGCUCUUUAGCCGGAACUUUAAGGAAAGUCAAGGACAAACUUUAUCAAAAGAAAAAGUAACAGUUACAUUGUGUCAAGGACAAACUUUAUCAAAAGAAAAAGUAACAGUUACAUUGUGUCAAGGACAAACUUUAUCAAAAGAAAAAGUAACAGUUACAUUGUGUCAAGGACAAACUUUAUCAAAAGAAAAAGUAACAGUUACAUUGUGUCAAGGACAAACUUUAUCAAAAGAAAAAGUAACAGUUACAUUGUGUCAAGGACAAACUUUAUCAAAAGAAAAAGUAACAGCUAAAUUGUGUCAAGGACAAACUUUAUCAAAAGAAAAAGUAACAGUUACAUUGUGUCAAAUUGUAACAAAAAAUAAAUCCAAUAAAGAUGAGCGGAAUGAAUGUGAGUUGAUGAGCAGUUUGCCCAUGUGUGAAUGUGUAAAUAGCUUGAAUCCAUUGAGUCACGUGCUUUACGCAGACGUGGGCCACGUCGUUUGUACAGAACAUCAGAAAAAAGUGGCACUAAGGUUUUUUAUUCAGUGACGUCAAUGGGAUACAUCAAGUUGAGUUUUUUAAAUUAAUAUUCUGUUCUGUGCUUGCAUGUAUCAAAAUGUUAAAAACUGUGAUAUAUUUAUUAUCUUCUAUAUACAAUAUUGGCAUAAGAUUGUCUGUUAUGCCUAAUAUAAUA